ACUCCUUCUGUUGCGCGCAGCGAAAUGGGGGUAGAGAGAAGGAGGCGGUGGGCGGCUCCUCACCUCGAAUCUUUCUCCAGAACAUCAUCAUUACCAUCAUCAUCAUCAUCGUCAUCAUCAUCAGCAUCAGCAUCAUUCUCAACAAGUGUUUCUGGCGGGCUGUGCGUUCAUCUGGAGACAUGAACCGUCCAACUAACUUCUUCUCCGCGCGCUGCUGCUGCCGCUGCUGCCGUUUAGGAACUUUAAUCCCGGACAGACGCGUGGACGCUGCGCACUCUUCUUUACAGGACAUAUGAGAUACACAAAUGUGCUUUCAACGACGUUAAGAUAGACAGAUUAGACAGAUGUGAACUCUAUCAAACAAAAACAAACAAAAGACAGUUAUUUUGUUGAGGUGAAAUAAGAAGAUCUUCAAUUUCAUAAAGAUAAAAACAGGUGUUGAUUCUAAUGAGACCUGCUCUGCUCCAGGAUCUCUGAGGCUUUUACUGGACUUAUAACAACAGCAGACCUGAGAUUACGUCCCCCCCGCUGUUCCUGGAAUAUACUCAGUGAGCAGCUCCAUGUUUGGAUCAGUGUUUUGUUUUGUUUUGCUUUUCAAAAGCAUAUGUGGAAACACUUCAAUAUCAGUUUAAAGGAUUAUCUUGUGAUCACUGCACAUGUUUGUGUGGAUAUUUUCUUUUCAAAACUCUUCAAUGCCAAGAAACAUAACACGAAAUAAUGACUGUUCCUGCCUGACAGGCCUUGUGGGAGGUCACUGCUGAAUAUGCAGGACUUAGCAGGGCCUGAUAUGUCUAGGAAAUCCACAGUCUUUGAUGGUUUCCCCCUCCUGUGGGGCUUACUCUUUGGAUUUUUCAUCGCAAGUGCACCAGUGAUGUCCUGCCCCACAGGUUGUCACUGCAUAGAGAAGGCUGGCAUGACCGUGGUCCAGUGUGUGUCUCGCAACCUGGAGAAGAUCCCAUCAGAUCUCCCAAGGGACACUGUUGUCCUGCUCCUGUCAUCCAACCACAUCACUCACAUUCCCAACCACGCCUUCAAAGAACUGCACUACCUUCAGGAGGUGGACUUGUCCCACAAUGACAUUGAGACCAUGGACGUCGGUGCAUUUCAGGGUGUUUCCGACAGCCUCCUCAUGCUGGACCUGUCGAACAACCACAUCCAGAGCGUCCCCAAAGAGGUGUUUGCACGUCUGCAGGCGAAAAUCAGCCUCUCGAACAACCCGUGGCACUGUGAGUGCACGCUGCAGGAGGUCCUGAGGGAGCUGCGGCUGGACCCCAAGACGGUCAACGAAGUCGUCUGCCACACGGCGGUGCAGGACGAGUAUGCGGGCAAGCCGGUAAUCCAGGUGCUGGACUCAGGGAUCAACUUCUGCAAUUUCCACCACAAGACCACGGACAUAGCGAUGUUUGUCACCAUGUUCGGAUGGUUCACCAUGGUGAUCGGGUACGUCAUCUACUAUGUAAGACACAAUCAAGAGGACGCCAGGCGGCACCUGGAGUACCUCAAGUCACUGCCCAGCAGCUCCCAGAUCAGCAAGGACUUUGACACCAUCAGCACUGUUCUCUAGCAGGGCUGCAUGUGGCUCGGGAUGUGCGAUGUCUCUAAAUAUUUGAGUAAAUGUGUGGUCAAGUGCAACAAUGACUCAGAAUCUGUCGCAAACACAAAGUUGUUCUGGUUUUUAGAAGGGUUUAUUUUUAUGGAUUAGGGGUUAAAGUAGAGAGAGAGACAAAUGAGCCCACUCGAUUUGGGCUAAGACAAAAGAGGAUGAGUGUUUCUCACAGCUACUUUAUAUGUCCUUAAUGUCACACUGUCAUGUGGAAGGCCACUUUAUCAGACGGGUAUCAUAAACCCCCCAAAUUAAACUACUGGUCCAAGAAAUAAGGUGACCCAGCUGUUACUUCUUCACCAUGCAACCACUGCAACAUUACAGAACCAGCCAGGAAAUGUUCUUAAGUUUUUGUCACAGAAUUAACAUCCACUCCAGAAUAAAAUUUUAAUUGUAGCACAAAUCAUUAUAAAUGGGGGGGAAGUCAUCAUGAAUAACCCUACUAUGAAAAGGGCAUAAUACUUUGAAAAGUCAGAUUUCAGGAGGAUAUAGUGUGCUAUUUAUAAAAAAAUGUACUUAUGUCAACGUUAAGUAUGGUGUUGAACACCACCCAGGCUCUGUUACUCGUGAACAAACAACAACAGCAACAAAUGAACUUGCCAUUGUGAUUGCUGUUAUUGACUAGACUGUAGCAUGAGACCCAGCACACACUGGAAUGUGUAAGCACUACAAAUGGCUGCACCUUGAAGAUCAGCUGGGUUUCAUUUCGAGCCCAUGUUAAUCAAUCAUGUUUUUGUUUCUUUUCCUGUGUAUGUAGAAAGCAACUCUGCCUAGAAAACCCUGUUCAAAUCUACAACCAAUGUCUUAGAAAUAAACAGCAUGUGACAGAAACAAUCAUAGCUUCUGAUAAAUGAUGAAAUGUGAACGAGACGUCAUGCACAAGCGGAGAUCGAGCAUCCCAGGGCUUCGGCAGUCGUGGUGCUUCUGCAGCCAUGUGGCCAAAGGGAAACUCUGCUCGGACACAGACCCAAUACGUUUUCUACUGUCUUUGGGCUAUUUGUUAGUCAGAAGGUAAUUGUGUCUAAGUGCCUACGCUCUGGGAAUUCUACACCACAGCACUGUGCAUGAGGUUGGACACCUCGAGUGUCGAGUCUCCUUCUUGUCGACCCUUUGCCACUCUACAACUCAGAUUUAGCUCCAGCCUAUAUUGUACACUGAGCCAGUGUCUGUGUUCAAGGCAAAGGACCAGGUUAUUGUUAUUAUCCAGAGGGUUGAAUGUUUUAAAGGAAAGGCCAAGACAGUGUGCUUGAGGACAAUGACAGGAAAAAGGGGUUUAGAAAGUAAUUUUACAGCUCACCGUACCUGUAUUCAUAUGGUGAUAACCACUCAGUGAUUCCCAACCUUGGGUUCCUGGCCCCCUGAGCGGUCACAAAAUACAGAGACACAGAGUUUCCCCAUUAUUCAUGAAGACUGUGGGUUUCUGCCACAGUCUCCUUUGACCCACCACAGUUACUUAUUGACUACUUUUUUUUAACAAUUCUUAUAAUUAAAUGAGAUAAUAGCUCAGCAUCUGUGUGCUAUUACGGUGUUGCAUAUCAACCAGUAUGAGUUAUAACUGUGAUUAACUGUUAUUUCAGUUAUUAAGUUAGUAGUGUCAAAGAUGAGGUCUUUUAGAUGUUCUAUAAGUGGCGGUUGUUACCACUUCUUUGGAAGAAGUUUCCAAAGUAAAAGCACAAGAGCAUUUGUUUGUUUGCUUUGAUGCUAUAUAUCGAGCUCAUAAGAGUUUUUAAUCUAAAAGCUUUCAAACGUCCUUCUAA